GCGGGCUGCAGCAGGGGGACGAGGAUGACGGCAGGCGAAAGCGGGAGCACCUUCUCUCAUGUUAGUGACUUUUAAACGCUCUGCACACUUCUUUUGGAUUAUUCUCCCUUGUGUUUGGAGUGACAACAGGUAGAAGUUGAAUGACCGCACCGUGGCGACGGCAGACGAUGCCGGCAUAACAUCUGCAUGCUGCGACUCGGGGGAUCUUUAAGUGUCAGGAAGCUAAGGAGCGAUCAAGAUGCUGCAGCUGAAGCAGCUACUGAGGACUUCAGCUUCUCCCCGAGCCAGGAAGCCAGCGCCGCAGCCCUGCCAUCAGCAUGGACUAUUGCACGCCCCAGUCGAGUCGACGCCACAACCCCGUGGACAGCAUAUGUCGCAAGCUGCAGACCAUCCAGUGGCGUGGUGACCGGGAGCCCAACUCACCGUUCCAGAUCCCCAAGCUGUCCUCCACCAGCUACGACAGCCCCCAGUGUGGCCUCCGCAACAACCUGGAAGCCAUCCUGAAGAAGGGGGCCCAGCACAGAGACGAGGGCGACAGGGCCAGGGGGAAGGAGAGCGAGCGAGGGAUGGGGAUGCCGAGCUCCGCGGCGUCCCGGAGGAGCAGCUUUGGACAGUCUGCCCUGCGGCCCGCGCCUUCCACCCCCGCCUACAGCUCCCCCGUGCCAGCCAACGUCACAUACACCAUCACCAGCACCCUGGGAGAGAGACGGGGCGCUGACGGGAGUGAUUCGAAGCACGUGAAGACAUGGCAGAAGUACUGUUCCACACCCACGGGCCAGUCCAAGGACUCCCCGUACUUUACGUUCACACGGGGGCCUCAGUCGGUGCAGGGCGAGAGCGACAGUGCCGACGUGUCGCAUGUUUUCACACCCAGCCACAGCACCCUCUCCUACAACCUGAACUUCCGCUCUGCAGACACGACGAACCUGAGGGAGUACGAGCUGCCCUACCCCGCUCUGGUGGUGAAAAGACUGUCCAUGGGAGACGGAGGUACCUCCGCCGGCUCCGAAAACCGAAAGGACAGCAUGGCCGAGAUCAGUCUCAUCUGUGAGGAGAAUCUGCUGGAUACCAUCUUCCAUGCGUGUGACACCCAGCGGCGAGGUAAAGUGUACGUGUCUCACAUCGUUGACUACCUGCGGCACACGACCAGUCGGGGCUCGGAGGACAGUGGCCUGGAGGAGCUGUGUAACAUGCUGGACCCAGAACACAAAGACGUCUCUAUCGAUCUGGACACCUACCACGCCGUCAUGAAGGAGUGGAUCGAUGAGUGCCGCAACCACGGGGAGGAGCCGACCCCUGAUGUCACCCAAGACUCAGCCAAACUCCGAGACAGCCUCUGUGCCAAAAGGUCCAUGCUGCUGAACAUCACGUCGGGAAGCUUGGAGGCGUUUGGAGGAGAGGUGUCCAGAGUAGAAUUCGAGACAUCAGAGCUGGUGUAUUGUGUUGCUGACCUUCAGAUGAGCAACCAAAAGCUCCAGGAGGAGGUGAGGAAGUUAAAGCAAGUAGUGGAGGGCAUGGAGGACAGCAACCAGAAGCUGGCGGAGGAGAACGAGGAGCUACGCACCCAGGCUAGGGUCAACCAGCAGAUAGCGCAGAAGGAGAAGAUGCUGAAGGAGGAGGUAGAGGAGAUGAAGGCCACUCUGAGCUGCACAGAAGAAGGCCGAGCUCGUGCCUCCGCACACAGCAAGCACGUGGAAAAAGAGAACCAGAGUCUGAUUGCAAAGAUUGCUUCUCUUCAAGAAGAGAACUUCAAGGUCACCAUGGAGACGGACGAGCUUCAGAAGAGAAUCACAGAGCUGUGUGACAUUAAUGCUGACCUUCAGUUACAAAUUCACUCUUUUGAUGCUGUGGUUAGUGACAAGGAGGCAGUGAUAUUAGAGAAAACCAAUCAGAUAGAUGAGCUAAAGGCAACAGUGGAGGAGUACUCUUCCAUCACAGAGUUGCUGAGGGCAGACAAGAGCAAACUGGAAAGCCAAAUGCAGAUGAUGCACCCAAACCUCUCUGGUGCUGGUCUGUCGCUGUCGGUGGCCUACAGGUUGAACCAGAGCAGCUCAGGAUCGCUACAGACUGAACUAGCUCUGGCGCAGUCGCCACAGGAGGCUCAACAUGGAAUUGGACAUUUGUCCACAACUAUGGGUUUAGUCAGCCCACUGGACGAGACACUGGACAAGGAGGUGUUACUGAUGCUGCAGGGACCCAGCCCUGAACAAAUGGCUCUGGAGUUCCAGAGCCUCCUAAACAAGCUGAAAAUCGAUUUCAGAGAAGAAACCGACUAUAUGUUGUCUACAGUUAGAGGCUUGUUGGAUGACUGUUCACAUCCCAGGGGCAACAUGGACGCCAGCCUUCAGGCGUUGCAGGCCGAGCUGCACGCGAGGAGGGCUGACUGGGACCUUAGCCUGGACCAGCUGGCCCAGUACACAGACUCCCUGGAAAAGGAGCUAAUUAAAAUGGCUGGUAACAUGCGAAGGUCCCGUACUGACAUACUCCACCUUUCAGUCAGGGUGCAGGAGCAGGAGAACCAGAAGCGGCAGCUGUGUGAGGAGCUGGAGCAGUUAAAGACACCCCAGGACAGCAGAGAGGCUUCAUGUCAAACGCCUGCACCAGAGGAAGAGCCCGGCGACGACUUGUAUUGGGACGAGGAGUUUGCUCUCCAAGACUUCCUGAAGAACGAGAUAGCGGAAAGAAAUUGCAGGCUGCAGGACGGGCAGAAGGAGAGCACGCGCGAGGAGUCAACUGAGAAAAUAACAGGGAGAGGAGACGAGGAGGAGGGCGAGGAGAAGUGGACAGUGGUGGACGGAGCAGUAGAGGCAGACGUCAGGGACAUGUCGACGCCUCUCUCUGCGUUCUCUGGGGAUGCCCAGGCAGAGCAGGGUGCGUUGGAAGAGCAUGAAGACACUGUGUCCUGCAGUGGGUCGAAGCCAGAGGACAACUGUCAACCUUUGCAGGAAGAAGCAGCAGUGCCAUUGAGCACCCACUCACAAGCUGUCAGCGUCAGGCACCCAGAGGCGAAUGCUCUGCCUGAUCCAUCCUACUCAGAGAACAACAAAAAAUGUGAGACUACGCCAUCACGCUCAGAUGAUCCAGCAGAAAAUAUGAGCAUCUCGCCUGAACAGGACACAUCUGGUAACGGUCUUCCGAUGGCAGUCGAGAAGGUUUCUCCUGAGAACACCUCGCCAGGAUUAGAUGAAACCACUACCCAGUGUGAGAGCACUGAGCCCACCUGUGUGGCCCAAAGAGGAGCAGAAGAGAAGGAAGACGAGGCGAGCCCGAGCCCGGGAGAUAUGAGUCGUACUAAGAGCCUGAACUGUGACCAGUCCACAGACAGAUCACCAGCAGAGGACAGCACAAGCCUGCUACCGGUGGUGGUGGAGGAGGAGGAGAGCGUUCAGGAUAGCACAGUCGAGGCACCAACAACAGAUACCAACAUGCCAGGGACAGAUCAGCUCGGCAGCAGCAAAAUGACCACCUCUAACGGCAGCUCCCCUCAGUCGGGAUCGUCCAUCACACUCGCCAGCCAAUCGGGGAAUGGCAUGGGAAGUGUGACCUCUGACCCCAGCCAGUCGGACGAUAGCGGUGCCAGGAAGAACUCUCUUCUGCACCACGGGAAAAAUAAAAGGCAGCUGGAGCUUUUGGGCAGCAUGGAGGUCAUCAGGGAGCAGAACUUCCAGGAGUACCAAAGUGAGACCAGUGUGAUCAGUGAAAAGGAAGCAAAGACGUCAAACAUAACCGAUAGCAAUGACACCUGUAAAGAUGAUAAGAACAGCUUGUUACCCAGUGACAAGGAAGUUGAGGCAGAGUUCCAGCGUCUGGCGCUGGGCUUUAAGUGUGACAUGUUUACCCUGGAGAAGAGGCUCCGACUGGAGGAGAGGUCACGUGACCUGGCUGAGGAGAACGUCCGCAGGGAAGUGUCCAGCUGCCAGGGCUUACUGCAGGCUCUAACUCCUCUGUGUGAGGAUGAUAACCAGUCCAUGGAGAUCAUCCUUAGGCUCCAGAAGAACCUUGAUAUCCUCAUCCAGUCCAUGGCUAGGGUAUCCAGUCGGUCUGAGAUGCUUGGCGCCAUUCAUCAAGAGAAUCGCAUUGGCAAAGCAGUGGAGGUGAUGAUCCAGCACGUGGAGAACCUGAGGAGGAUGUACACCAAAGAGCACGCUGAGCUGUUGGAGCUGAGAGAGACGCUCAUGCAGAAUGAGAGGUCGUUUGGAUCACAAACCGAAAGAGAUGACUUCCGGGGCAAGAAGCUGCCACAGUACAAGGCAUCAGCUCGCAGAGUCAGCAUAGCGGCGAUCCCUCGUGGUGGAGCCAACAUGCAAUUUGACAUGUCCAAAACACAGGACGGCUCAGAAGCUGAAGUGGAGAGGCUGACCCAGCGCUCACCAUGGAAUGUGGCAGGGAAGAGCAUGGCGCGCCCCCCACUAAAGCGCUUUGUUAGCUCUGCGGCCUGGGUUGACACUGAGGAGCCCUGUGUCAUGAUGAAGGGGACGGCGUGCGACAGCACUGACCAGGCGGAGGAGAAGGAGGAGAAGGAGAAGCUGGUGGCAGAGAGGAGGAGGUCCAGUCUUAGUGAGCUGGGCAGCAAACUCACCUCCCUCAUUCUGCCCCUCAAGACGGGUCAGGAUGAAUUGUUUGUAAUGCUUCCGAGCCCUUCCUCCAGCCCCAUGUCUACAGACCCAGGAGCAACCCAGGCCCUGUCAAACAGCCUGACCUCGUCCCGGGCAACAACGGCAGCAGUAGCCAGAGGUGGCAGAGGCAUCUGGCUUUGGUUGGCCAUGGUAGUGAUGCUGGCAGGACUCUUGGCACUUCUGGCCAGCCUGGUGAUGCAGCCAGCAGCGGAUGCUGCUCCCGUGGGGACCGGGGACUCAUGGAUGACCAUUCAGCAGCUACUGUGGCCCUAUGCGGGGCUCCGGCACAAUGGACAGCCACCCGUCUAGCCCACGAGACUUGGGGCGGAUGACGUUAUCAACCAUUCGGCCUUCUGCACAUUCUAUACUAUGCUGGUAAAGAAGAAAGGACACUGCACCAUUGCUAAGCAAAAAGGCUGUUUGGAUGUUUACUGGUGCCUGAAGAUUCCCAACACAAGACUUUGAAAGCACAUGUCAGGCCUCAGGAUAUUUAAACCUGUGGAGGAUUUUAUGCAUCACAUCACGUUUGCUAUAUUAGUCUGUGUGUGAAUGCAUGUCUGUGUUUUAAGAGAAGAUAUUUCAGGUGAUGGUGACAACCACUGUCCUUAAUGGACUUUUAUGAUCAGUGCCGCUUGCAACCAUCUACCUGGACCCAAACCAAUAUGUUAAAUCAGGCUAGAUCAGUCAUGAAACACUGACCAAUCAUGUUGCAGCUUAAUCAUGAUAUUUCUAAAUCAGAUCUCAUGCAAUGAGCCGCAAGUGUAGUUUUCCAUUGACAAACAUCAUGGAUGAUGGCUCAGAUUGCACAAAAUGGCUUCCUAAACUCAUUUAAUGCACUCGAGGAUAAAGGGGACUCAGACUUUUAUUGGAACUUUCCAUUCCUCACUGGUUUUAGAGAGAGAUGUUUUAUAACUUAUAACUAUAUUCACUGGUAAUAAAACUUUUUGUGUUUUUGAAAUCUCUAUGGGUUUAUUAGUUUUGAAGUAGAUUAAUCAGGUUUUUUUAAGUUAUAAUUGUGUAUUGUAAAGGUUUUAACACCAAAGGUUUUAUUUUUAUGUUUCAUUUUUGCUGUGGAAUGUCACCGUUUUCAACUUCAUAAACUUUUUGUAUGUUCCAAAGAAAAAGCAUUCAGAUUUGCACAAAUAAAGUAGCUAAUUCUACGAUAUAA